UCUUCGGUCUUGUCUUCAGUAGUUUGCAUUCCUUCAAUGGCAUUUAAAUGGGCCAUUGUGGGAUCCCUCCAUCACCCACUUCUCCACUUGUUUCCAAGGAAACACCAGCUGCCGUGGUUGGAGGUGAGCAGAGUGGGCCGGCGGAGGAUUGUUUUACCCUCCCUCGGCUACAACUUUGGCUUCCUUCUGCUUCAUUAUCUCAUUUUUUCCGACGGCCUGGCUUGUGUGACGGAGCAGCUGUAAAGGAAACCUUUGGACCUCAUUGCUCAGCAACUGGUUGAAAGUCGUUUAGUAAGUCCAAGAGCUGGGAAGACGUCGCAAUGGAUAGCGAGAAGGACCCGAGCCACAUGGACAUGGCUGUGUGUGAGGAUUUGGGAAGCUAUGCGGUGGACACUGGGACGAUCCCCGGGAAGGUGAAGAAGGGGAAGACGAAAACUAAACUGGGAAGUCGGAAAGCUUUAAGCUUGGAGGAAAACCAGCUCGAGAUUCAACAGCAGGCCAAGAGCCUGAGCCGGCCGGUCCUGCCCAGGUCUCACACUCUCGAUGUCGACAGACCUCUGGAACGAAGUGAAAGCCUGAACUCUAGAAGUAGUUUCAUAAAGCACAACAAAACAUUCCACAAACUCUUCCCAGAAAUCCCAGAAAGCGAGGACUUGCUACAUGCCUACAUCUGUGCGCUGCAGAAGGAAGUGCCUUAUCACGGCCGUCUGUACAUCACCGACAGCAACCUGUGCUUCUUCUCCUCUGUGCUGCUCAAGGACACGAAGGUGAUCGUUCCCGUGGCCAGUGUGAGCGCCCUGAAGAAGCAGAACACCGCGCUGCUCGUGCCCAACGCCAUCUCUGUCCGGACGGCCGACGGGGAGAAGUAUUUGUUCGUGUCUCUGCGGAACAGAGAAGGGUGUUACAAGCUCCUGCGCUCCGUCUGUCCUCAGCUGGAGGACGGAAGUGCCAACAGCAGCCCUUUCUUCUCCUCGGCCGAGAACAGCUUCGAUCAGCCCAAACUCGUGAACGUGUUUCUCCGGCAGCAGAACUCGAGUCAGUCGAGUCUGGAUGACUCUUUCGAGGUGGACGGGGGACGAGUUUCUCCUCAGCCGGAGCUUCCUGCCUCCAGACUCACACGAGAAAACACUGCUGCUGGAUCAAACCCGAGCACGAGGAGAUCACUGCAGGAGCGAGACCACAGCUCCACCGAAGAGCACACGGGGAGUUCGUGGGUUUGGAACGUGACGGAAAGGGCUCGAUCUCUCCUGAUCCAGAGGGAAGUCAGUAACCUCAACACGCUGCUCCUCGUCUACCUGAUUCUGGUGUUUCUUCUCUUGUUGUCCUCUGGCUAUAUCGGCCUGCGUAUCGUGGCCUUAGAAGAGCAGCUGACGUCUCUCGGAGCCCUUCCCGAAUUCACUUUACAAAGCGGGUACAAAGAAACAUAAGAGUCCAUACAUUUUCAUCUGAACUUUGGAAGACACACCAAAAAGCCUGCAGGGAAUGCUGGGAAGGACCUUUAUUUGCACAUACGCUGGCUACCCAGUUCCAAACUCUGCGUCUUUGCCAAGUAAAGAACCAAAGCUGGUGGUUUUGAUGACACCCAGGCAUGUGUGAACUCGCAGUUUCCAUCAGCGACUCGCCCUAAACUACCAAAGACAACCGGUUUGUCUCGGAGUGUGAAAAAAAAAAAAAACAACAACAAGCUAACUGCAGGUUCUUCCGUGGGAAAGCAUUUCAUCUGUUGUUCGCCACUGCAUUUCAUUUGACCACUGUUUUAAAAAAAUAUCGCCAAUGACUUUGUCCAUUUUCCUCCCAAAAUCCUUGUAUUUUUGAUCGCUUGUAUCCUGUCUUGUUGCGCGACAGGUUGCAUCUUUCGGCUUCAUUCUUCCUCUAGUUGUCCGUUUUUGUUUUGUUUUUUUUGUUCAUAGAAGGGGUUUGCGAUAUUAAACCUAACUUUGGUUUAACGAUAAAAAGAAAAAUCUAGCUAGCUGACCCUUAGUAUUACUGUAUGUAUAGUCUAUGCACAGAAAAUGCUCACAUCAGGUAUUUAACGCUUUUCUUUUGUUUGUUUCACCUUUUAUACUUUAAAGAGAUGAAGUAGUCCGUGAAACGUUGGUCUCUUCGUAAUCUGAACAAUUUAAAAAGAGGAAAAAAAAAAAAAAAAAGAUUGUAUUGUAUUGUGACGUUUGAUGCAUCUCAACCAGAUGCUUCUAAUGUCCAAAUUAUGGCACAAAAAAAAAACGAGUGCUCGCAUGUAUGCGCGAAUCCAAAAAGAGCAUUUCCGUUCAGGACUCUAAUUACGAUACUUGACGAAAACGACAUGGUCCAAAAUAUGCAUGAUUUGUGUGUGUGUGUGUGUGUGUGUGUGUGUGUGUGUGUUCUUAUAAAUAUGUUCAAGAGAUUGCUUGUAAAAGAGAUGCGUAGCUGUUCGAGUGCACUUUAUAGUGUUGAGACGCUCUCCCAUCCUGAAGGGGGCGCUGUAUAUUUGUUCUGGGGUGUUAGACGGUGCUAAGAACCUCUCACUCAGGGCUGGGAAUGACUCGCAAUGCAUCGUGGGAGUGCGGUAGAUCCUUCAGGUGCUUGGAAUGAGCGCGCACGGACUCGCCGAGAGUUCCUGAGAAUUUCCCACGCGUUUCAUAUGCAGGUGAUAUGAAUGCAUGUUGCUCGUUCAAACCCAUGGAUCUCUCAGGAGCUUUUUUUCCCUGCAGUUUUCCUAUGAAGUGGAGUUUCCCAGUUGGAUUGAUCCAUGUAAACAACAGGAAAUGGAUUUUGCACAACAUUUCAACUCGUCGCCGGGGCAUCGCAACCUCAAAGUCCCCUCAACGACUGUCUAAUAACCACAAUGCAAGAAUCCCAACUUUCAUAACCUGUUUAUAUUGCACUAUUGAAGUGUUGAACUUAUUGUUUUUGUAUCAAUAUGUUGGUAAACAUCUUGUUUGGUCUAUUUAUUGCAUUAUGUGUAAUUCAAAGUAGUCUCUGUGAGACUGGCUUUGGCAUUGUUUGAAUAAAUCAAGUGCUAAGGAAAGAA